AUGGGUUCCGCAGCUUCAAAGACAUCACAGUCGGCCCGACGACUUCCCGUUCAAAAUGUCGCGAAACGAUUACAACGGCAGAAUACACCGUCCUCUUCACCAUCAUCACCACCGGCUGCAUCCGUACACCCGUCUACACUCCCGUCGUUCACAAAGUCUGAUGAAAUCCUAAAGGACUCCCAAGACCCACACUUCUCGUCCAUGCUCCGCACCCUCGGCACAGUCUCCCACCACAACGCCCCCACCCCUCCAACCCCUUCUCACAAUCCACCUCCAAUCUUCCCACCGCCUCCGACAAAACCUCGACAGUCCCAAUCCCCAUAUUCACAACCAAAUCUCUCCCCUACUUUAUUAAUCCUCCAAUCCCGUGAAUCCCAAUCCGAAUCAAUAUCCGAAACCCCACAAAACUACCUCGAUAUCUUCAGGAUACGAGAUGUGGUCAUGAUGCGUGAAGGUAUAAACCUCAACGGAGGGGAUAAUCAACGAAAAAUGAGGGAUGAUGAGAUUGAAAAGAGGCUUGGGUUGAAAAGAGGGAUAUUGGCUACUUUGGGGACGAGGGUUGGUCAUACGGGUGUGCAGAUUAGAGAGGAUAAGGAGGUUGAAGGGGUGAAGGAUGGAGAACCGAUGGUGGAGUUUGUUAGUUUUUAA